CCCCCGCCUUGCCCAGGACAGGCGGGGCGGGGCGAGCCGAGCCUCACGGGGUCCCCGGAGCUGGGGCGGGCCUCCAGAUGGAGAAGGCGCAGCGGGGAGUUCUUGAAUAAGCCAGAGCCGUGUCCAGCGCGGUGUAGCCGCAGCCGCCGCUGUCAGGCGCAGCAGCGGGCAACCCCGUGGAGGUCGGUUGGCAGGUCCUCUCCAAAGCGCCGCUACCGCGCCGCUCUGGUAGAGACCCCGGCAGGAGCCCAAGGGCAGCUACGGGGCCGCGGAGGCCGCUGGCGCCGCCUCGGCCAGCCCUUCCCGCGCGGUUCCACUGCCUUAAGGAUGACAGUCGUAGGGAACCCUCGAAGUUGGAGCUGCCAGUGGUUGCCAAUCCUGAUACUGUUGCUGGGCACAGGCCAUGGGCCAGGGGUGGAAGGCGUGACACACUACAAGGCCGGCGACCCUGUUAUUCUAUAUGUCAACAAAGUGGGACCCUACCAUAACCCUCAGGAAACUUACCACUACUAUCAGCUUCCAGUUUGCUGCCCUGAGAAGAUACGUCACAAAAGCCUUAGCCUGGGUGAAGUGCUGGAUGGGGACCGAAUGGCUGAGUCUUUGUAUGAGAUCCGCUUUCGGGAAAACGUGGAGAAGAGAAUUCUGUGCCACAUGCAGCUCAGUUCUGCACAGGUGGAGCAGCUGCGCCAGGCCAUCGAAGAACUGUACUACUUUGAAUUUGUGGUAGAUGACUUGCCAAUCCGAGGCUUUGUGGGCUAUAUGGAGGAGAGCGGCUUCUUGCCACACAGCCACAAGAUAGGACUCUGGACCCAUUUGGACUUCCACCUAGAAUUCCAUGGAGACCGAAUUAUAUUUGCCAAUGUUUCAGUGCGGGACGUCAAGCCCCACAGCUUGGAUGGGUUACGACCUGAUGAGUUCCUAGGCCUUACCCACACUUAUAGCGUGCGCUGGUCUGAGACUUCAGUAGAGCGUCGGAGUGACAGGCGCCGUGGUGAUGAUGGUGGUUUCUUUCCUCGAACACUGGAAAUCCAUUGGUUGUCCAUCAUCAACUCCAUGGUGCUUGUGUUUUUACUGGUGGGUUUUGUGGCUGUCAUUCUAAUGCGUGUGCUUCGGAAUGACCUGGCUCGGUACAACCUAGAUGAGGAGACCACCUCUGCAGGUUCUGGUGAUGACUUUGACCAAGGUGACAAUGGCUGGAAAAUUAUCCAUACAGAUGUCUUCCGCUUCCCCCCAUACCGUGGUCUGCUCUGUGCUGUGCUUGGCGUGGGCGCCCAGUUCCUGGCCCUUGGCACUGGCAUUAUUGUCAUGGCACUGCUGGGCAUGUUCAAUGUGCACCGUCAUGGGGCCAUUAACUCGGCAGCCAUCUUGUUGUAUGCCCUGACCUGCUGCAUCUCUGGCUACGUGUCCAGCCACUUCUACCGGCAGAUUGGAGGCGAGCGUUGGGUGUGGAACAUCAUUCUCACCACCAGUCUCUUCUCUGUGCCUUUCUUCCUGACGUGGAGUGUGGUGAACUCAGUGCACUGGGCCAAUGGUUCGACACAGGCUCUGCCAGCCACAACCAUCCUGCUGCUUCUGACGGUUUGGCUGCUGGUGGGCUUUCCCCUCACUGUCAUUGGAGGAAUCUUCGGGAAGAACAACGCCAGCCCCUUUGAUGCACCCUGUCGCACCAAGAACAUCGCCCGGGAGAUUCCACCCCAGCCCUGGUACAAGUCUACUGUCAUCCACAUGACUGUUGGAGGCUUCCUGCCUUUCAGUGCCAUCUCUGUGGAGCUGUACUACAUCUUUGCCACAGUAUGGGGUCGGGAGCAGUACACUUUGUACGGCAUCCUCUUCUUUGUCUUCGCCAUCCUGCUGAGUGUGGGGGCUUGCAUCUCCAUUGCACUCACCUACUUCCAGUUGUCUGGGGAGGAUUACCGCUGGUGGUGGCGAUCUGUGCUGAGUGUUGGCUCCACUGGCCUCUUCAUCUUCCUCUACUCAGUUUUCUAUUAUGCCCGGCGCUCCAACAUGUCUGGGGCAGUACAGACAGUAGAGUUCUUUGGCUACUCCUUACUCACUGGUUAUGUCUUCUUCCUCAUGCUGGGCACCAUCUCCUUUUUUUCUUCCCUAAAGUUCAUCCGGUAUAUCUAUGUUAACCUCAAGAUGGACUGAGUUCUGUAUGGCAGAAGUAUUGCUGUUCUCUCCCUUUCUUCAUGCCUCGUUGAGCUCUCCUACCAGCUUCUCUUCUGAUUGACUGAAUUAUGUGAUGGCAUUGUUGCCUUCCCCUUUGCCCUUUGGGCCUUCCUUCCCCAGAGAGGGCCUGGAAAUUAUAAAUCUCUAUUACAUAAGGAGUAUAUAUUUGAAAUUUUUAAGUUGCCUUUAGUUUUGGUCCUGAUUUUUCUUUUUACAAUUAUCAAAAUAAAAUUUGUUAAGAAAAAGG